AAAAAAACAAUGACGUAAUAGUCAUCCUUGAUACGAACUGGGUAUUACCGAAAGCAUUGCAUCAAUGCAAUUUGUCCAUCGACAGUUGAAAUGUACUAAAAUAUUCUUCCAAGAAUCAAUUAUCGCUUAUCAGUUCGUAAAAAAUACGACAGUAAAAAAUUCUGUACCUCUUUACCAGUACUUACUGCAGUACACGAAUGAAAUAAACCGCGAAAUGAUGCUCUUUGUGGGAAAACACGUCGCGAGUAUUGUAUGUAUUCGAUUCGUUGAACUUUUCUCAUACCUAUAUUGAAAACUAUGUUUAAGUUGAAAUUCAAUUUAACGAUGUGUUCGGCAACUAUGCGAUGAUUAUUCAAAGUUUAAAAAAUUAAAUUCGCGAGUUCCAAUUGAAAUAGGUAUUCUAGUUUAUUUUUUUGAGUGUUUAUAAAUCAAGAUGUCAACUCAAGAGCCAUUUUGUGGAACUACAUUGGUGGCAAUUGGAGAAUACUACAUGAGGAACAUGCAAGGCUACGUCGAUAUAUCAACAGGCGUAAUUGGUUCGAUAUUCAAUCUAUUCAACAUACUGGUGUUUACAAGAAGAAACAUGAUCUCGCCUACGAACCUGAUAUUCGCUCAUUUAGCAUUCGCAGACUUAUUAAUGAUAUUGGCGAUUAUUCCAAAUUCGUGGAUACAAUUCACACAAUAUAAUGCUCUUGUAUCCAACAACCAAGUAUGGACUUAUACAAGAGCUCUGUUUUCAAUGCGCAGUACAGAAUUCAUCCUCACUUUUCACUUCAUAUCGGUGUAUUUUAUAGUGACUCUGGCUGUAUGGAAAUACAUAGGGAUAGUAUCCCCAUUGAAGGAACGCCAAUGGUGCAAUAUGAAAACUACACGGAAUGUAGCGAUAGUUGGAUACAUAAUGUGUAUUUUGCUUGGUGUGCCACUGUAUCUAUCUUAUUUUAUUAAAACAAUCAGCAUAGAUGAAAAGAUAAUUAUUUAUAUGCCCUCGCUUGAACAUGAUUCGAUUCAGUUUUUAAUUGCAAUGAUAAUCAAUGGAGUGCUGCACCAAUUGUUACCAUCAGUCAUACUGCUAAUAUUGAGUUUCAAACUCAUUGCUACUCUUUUGACGAAAAAAGGACCACAUCAAUCUUCAAGUCUACCUUCAAAUAUUCAAAAUACGAACAUAGGAAACGUCAAAACAAAAGAUCAAAAUGGUAGAUCGAUAAUCAUACUGCUGAUAAUUAUCAUAUUGUGUUUAAGUAAUCACAUUCCAAGAGGGAUACUGGAUUCAGUAUUUGUGAUUCGCAGCGAAUACACAAUAAUCCAUUUGAAAUGCAUUCGUACCCUGGCAGCAAUACUCCAUACACUGAAUUGCCUGAAUGCAUCUGUUACUUUUAUCAUAUUUUAUACUCUGAAUCGAGAUUUUAAAGCUACAUUUAAAUCUUUGUUCAGCAAGAAGGGAAUUUCUAUUGGAGAACGAAAGUAUUUUAUUUUAGGCGAGAUGCAAAAGGCUAAUGCAGGUCCAGAAAUCAAUCAAGUUUAACAAAGAUGUCUACAUAAACGUGAUGUGAGUAAUUUAUACAUGAUAUUUUUUUUUUUAAUAAAUUAUUUUUUGACCCUGUUUUCAAACA